AUGGACCUCAACCCCCUGUUCGAUGGCGAUGUCGACGACGCCGCCUCUCCCUCCUCCAUCGACGGCGCCUCCUACACCGAGAUCGUCGUACCACCUCCUCCCUCGACUGUCCUCCAAACCGUGAACAUUCGUCAUCACGUUCCGGUCGAGCUAGAUCUUCAAGAGUCAAACUACGCCGAAUGGCGGUGCUUCUCCGACGCCGUCAUUGGACUCCGCGCGAUUGUGCGUGCGCCGCGGGCGUGGGCGCAUACCAUCUGGAACGCGAUCCAUGAUCAGUUCCGUGACAACGAACUCCAUCACGCCGUCUACCUUGACGCGGAGUUCCGGUCCAUCGUCCAGGGCGACAUGGACAUCACCACCUACACCGGAAAGCUCAAGCGCCUUGCCGACGCACUGCGCGACGUCGGUCAACCGGUUCGUGAAACCUCUCAAGUGCUUAAUAUGCUUCGCGGCCUGUCUUCCAAGUAUCGUCACGCUGUGCCAGCGAUUACCUCCAAGCAACCUCCCCAUACCUUCCUUUCUACACGUUCAUAUAUGUUGCUGGAGGAAAAAUUUGAUGCUGAACACGACAAGAUCGCCGGGCAACACACGCUCAUGGCCUCCAGCAGAUCCGGAUCGAACGGAUCCAGUAACGGCGGCGGCAACAGCAGCGCCCCUCGUUCCACCACUCCAGCAGCGGGUGACGGCGGCUCCAACAACCCAGGCUCGCGGACUUCCUCCCAUGGUUCAGGCGCACCACCUCGCAACAAUGACAACAAUUGCGGUGGCAAAAAGCGUGGCCGUGGACGCUGUGGGUACAACAACAAUGCCCCCGCCCUCCGGCCUGGACAAUCGGAAUGA